AGCGCUUCCGGGAGGAGGCUGUUCUCUUGAGAUUGACGUCGGUUUUCACUCUUCGCAGCUGCGUAGCCGCCUCACGGCCCGGAAGGUCAGGCGCGCGAGCGUGGGUCAUGGCGCUGGCCUCGCGACUGUGGCGCUUUCUUCGCGUGGGACGCGGGGCUCCGGGGCCUCGGUUCCCCUCGGGGACUCCGGGCAGCCGCGGGCAGUGCGGCCUCCGGCCUUUCCGCCGCUCCGAGGUGAUAGGAAACGCAAGAACUUUCAAAAGUGGCCUGUUAUUCUCAGCCUUGUCUUAUUUGGGUUUUGAAACUUACCACAUCAUUUCUCAGGCUGCUGUAGUUCAUGCCACAGCUAAAGUUGAAGAGAUUCUUGAGCAAGCAGACUACCUGUAUGAAAGUGGAGAAACAGAAAAACUUUAUCAGUUGCUAACUCAAUACAAGGAAAGUAAAGAUGCAGAGUUACUGUGGCGUUUGGCACGGGCAUUACGUGAUAGAGCUCAGCUUAGCAGGACUUCAGAAGAGGAGAAGAAACUUCUUGUGUACGAAGCCCUUGAAUAUGCAAAAAGGGCACUGGAAAAAGAUGAGUCCAGCUUUGCUGCCCAUAAGUGGUAUGCAAUCUGCAUUAGUGAUGUUGGCGAUUAUGAAGGUAUCAAGGUUAAAAUUGCAAAUGCCUACAUUAUCAAGGAGCAUUUUGAGAAAGCAAUUGAACUGAACCCUAAAGAUGCUACCUCAAUUCACCUUAUGGGUAUUUGGUGUUAUACAUUCGCUGAAAUGCCUUGGUACCAAAGAAGAAUUGCUAAAAUGUUGUUUGCAACUCCUCCUAGUUCCACCUAUGAGGAGGCCUUGGGCUACUUUCACAGAGCAGAACAAGUGGAUCCAAACUUCUACAGCAAAAACUUGCUGCUUUUAGGAAAGACAUACUUGAAGCUAAACAACAAGAAGCUUGCUUCUCUAUGGCUAAUGAAAGCCAAGGACUAUCCGGCACACACAGAAGAAGAUAAACAGAUUCAGACAGAAGCAGCUCAGUUGCUCACAGGUUUGUGACAAGAACUGAAAACUUUUCAGAGAAGAAACUGAAAUACCCAACAAACUGCUUUUCUGUUGAAUUACAUAUAAUUAACCUUAAGUCUGUUCUGUGGCUUUUUCCUCAGUUCUUUUAAUGUUAUGACCAUUAAAUUGACUAAAUAUUCAGAACUGAGAAGUCUUGUUUUCCUCACAAAGAAAGUGGCAAGAGAAUGCUGUAUUGUCCUAACUGUGGUAUCCUAUAAAGAUUCCCAUGGCUCAGGCACAAAUAUUAUUUUGCAUCUGGGACACCAACACAAAAUAGAAUGAAAUUUUGAAGUACUGAUCAGAUUAGGAGACGAUAUCAAGAAAUGAAAGUGAUAUGAAAAAAGAAACAGAGCUUGUGAGAGUGCAUUUUUAAGCUAGAUUUGAUACAGAGUUGAGAUCUUGCAGAGAAGGUGCAGUGAAAGGUGACAAGGACGUUCAGGGGUUCUUGGUAUAAAGUGAUGUGUCUUGGGCCAGGCUGCAUGAGGAGAGAACUCAAGUCAGGGGAGGGCUGGAAGUGGAGUGGCUUCUUUGUAAGUGUGGUAUAGUCUCACAAGUGCACAGAAUUGCUCACCAAAUAGUCCAAAUUGUAUUUCAUACUGAGAUGAAUGAAACAGAAUUUAAGGGUAAAAUGGAAAUUAAGAUAAUUUAAGGUCAGUGUUACUUUUUGUAGCAUUGUGGCUGGGUACAACCACUAAAAUUUUAAGCCUUGUAAAAAGGAACCUCUUGCAUGCCACUUAGAUCCAUCUGAGACUGUGUGUAGGUCAGUUUUUCUUCAUUUCUGUAUUUUGUGGUGGAUGGGACUGAACCCAGGGCUUGUGCAUGCUAACCAUGUUCACCACCAGUGUAAUAAAGCUACAUCCUCAGCUACAUGGGCACAUUCUUUCCACAAAGGAUUUAAGAAUCAUAAUGCUACAAUGGUAUGUGCUCUUUCUGUCAUAUUAAGUCUUCAGGCAUUAAAAAUGAGCGUUCUAUAUACCCUUCUGAGAUUCAGCAAUAGUGUGCACUAUUUAUCUCUAUAUUUGUUUUUAAAUCUUUCAAUUUAAUUGCAGAUUAUGUUACCAUGUAUCCUCUGUCCUGAGGGUAUCUUCCAAAAAACAAACACAUUGUCACAACUAUAAAAUAGCAUCUAUUAACACCAUAUUCAAACUCCCUCAAAUGUCCUACAAUCAUAGAUCAUACAUUGCAUUUGCUGCCUGGUUAACUUUUU